GCAACUCAAUUGUCGUAAUGCGUGAAAAGGUGCGCUAAUGAUACACUCUGAACUCACUUUCGUUAUUUUCAAAUUUGUGCUGUUUGGGUGUGGAAUUUGAGUUUUUCUUCAUUUUUCAAGUGGAUUAAAUUACUCUAAGAUAGAAAUGGCACCCCACGUCGAUCCGGCUACAGCAUGGAUGAAAUACAUACUUUUCACUAUAAACUUUGUUAUUUGGGUGAUGGGAGGAGCCAUAUUAGGCCUUGGAAUUUGGGUGAGAAGUGACUCCGAUUUCUGGGAGUACCAUCGAGGGCUGGAUAUUCCACAGUAUUAUCAAGCAUGCUAUGUGGUGAUCACGCUAGGCGUUAUCAUCCUUAUUAUAGGCUUCUUUGGUUGUUGCGGUGCUGCUUUGGACAGUCCUUGCAUGCUUUUUACGUAUUUCGUCAUUCUCGUGAUAAUUGUGCUUAUGGAACUAACUGCUGCAGGUCUGGUGUGGAAACAUGCUGAUGGGGAAAAAUUUCAGCAAUUUUUGACGGAUUCGAUAAAAAAUGCGAUUGACAGAUCCCAACGGGAAGACAUGGCAUCUUUGCGAUUUGUGGAAUUGUUACAACUACACUUGGAAUGCUGUGGUGGUUACGAUAAAAAUGACUAUCAUUUAGAUGAUAUCCCGCAAUCCUGUAGCAGUGAUCGAACAAAUAAUGUGUUCAUUCAUGGUUGCGGAGAAAAUAUUCGUCGGUACCUUGAACAGAAGGCUGGUGCAAUUGGAGGUGUGGCCCUUGGAUUAGUCUUAGUCCAGAUUCUUUGCCUAAUCUUUACUGGAUGCUUGUUCUGCAUUCUAAGAGAAGAUUCGAAAGAUUAUUAGUAGCUGAAAAAAGGUUUCACAUGACUUCAUUUCACUUUGCUUGCUUUUAUGAAGAAUCAGAUAACAUUUUAGAGAAGGACUGAAUAAAUUUCCUGUGGAACGACGCAGAACAUAAAAAUGUGAAAACAAAUGUUGAAUUCCUAUUCUGAGCAUUUUGUUUUCUGAAUUUAAUAAGAAAUGUAGAAUUUUAGAGAUUUGC